UUUUGAUUCUUAUAUCGAAUCUCUGGUAUAUAAACGCUUAUGGUUCCUCUCGAAAUCAUUCGCUUCCGUUGCAGAAUACCUCAGCAAACUCAAAAUGUUCGCAAAAGUUCUUGUACUUUUCGCUGUCUUCGCAGCUACACAAGCUAGUGGCCUCAUUGGAACCGGAUAUGGAUUGGGAGCUGGCUAUGGAUAUGGAGCUGGAUAUGGAUUGGGAGCUGGCUAUGGAUAUGGAGCUGGAUAUGGAUUAGCCGGUGCACCAGCCCUUGUUGGAACGGCUGUCGUUCCCGCAGUCUCCUCUUCCAAAACCGCCAUCAACCACAUCGCCCCUGUCGGAAUUGCUGCCGCUCCCGUCACCUUGGCUGCUGCUCCUGUUGCUGUAGCUGCUGCUCCAUUGGGUCUUGCUGGACAUGGAAUCGCCGCCGCUCCUCUAGCUUAUGGAAACGGACUGAUCGGUAACGGUCUCCUCGGUGCUGGUAUUGUAGGCCACGGAAAUGCUGCUGCUCCCCUUGCUUAUGGCAACGGACUUCUCGGUUUGGGAGCUGGAAAACUUGCCCUUGGAGGCGGACUUGCCAAGGCAAUCUUGUAAAUAUCCUACCAAAAUCGCGACUGCGAUUUCCUUUGUAAAUGUGAAUUAAAUUAUUAAACAUAUUACAAUAAAUCGCUCAUUUUA